CCGGUUGAUACUAAAUAAGUGCGUUUGGGGAGGUUACGAAUAAGCUUUCCAACUCCACCGAACUGCAGCCAUGGCGGGAGUAGGGAGCUCUUCGCUUCCCCCAGUUUUCAUCGGAAAUUGUAAAGUUGCGAUCGAAGGAAGCGGCAUCUCUUGUGAGUCGAGCGAGACAGGCCUUGUCAUCUCCGUGUCUAAUAAUGCAAAAAUCAACAUUACAGUUGAUGAAUCAAAGGUAUACUCGAGAAGGAAAUCCUUCAGUUAUCAAAAACCAGAUAUCAAAUAUCAAAUUGAUGCUGAGAUGGGAUUCCCUACAAAAGAGCAUUCUUUCUUGCUGUUGAAUCCUAAAGAUGUGGAUAGCCAAAAUAAAACUUUUCUCCAGGAAGUUCUAAAGCUUUACACAGAAGAACUUCCUUCCAUGAAUUAUGCUGCAAACACUGGGAAAAAAUCUCACUUUCUUGAGAAAUGUAUAUUGAGUGGAAAAUAUCAAACCUUGAUUCUAAGAGCAGAGAAUGCCAUUGGGCCUGGAGAGGUUGUAGCUGCAGCUUCGUAUCAAAUAAUUCCCAGUGACACUCAAUAUGCUGAAAUACCUCUUGCUGCUGUCAGUUCAAAGAACCAAAACAUGGGUAUUGGUAGAGCCUUGUUUAAGGAAUUGAAAGAAAGACUUCAAAACGUGGGUAUUCUACAAUUAUUUUGCUGGGCAGAUAAGACAUCAGAAGGUUUUUGGCUGAAGCAGGGUUUCAUACCAGUGGGAGAGGUGGACGGGAAAGGCAAAGCUGGUAGACUACCAGUCAAAGCUAAUAUUAGGAAGGCAUUAUCUUUUCCUGGUGGUUCGAUGUUGAUGGUUGCUCAACUUAAGAAGGUUACAACAUCUAAGAUCAGUUUACCACAUAGUAUAGGAUGCAAGAGUGGUGAAAUUGAAUUAACAGAUGCUGAUGAUAAAGAUGAUACUUCUGAGCAGAGACUAAAACGACCACUAUGGGAGGCUUCACUUUCUUCACUUAAGUUGAAGAGAAUCAGGGGGGCACAUCUUAUCAGUUGUCCUGUGAAGUCGAAUCAGGAUUUUCCUUGUGGCAAUUGCUUUGCUGGUUCUUCCGGAUGCAAUGAUAUGGCAGUGGUUCUGCCAGAUCAUUCUAGUAGCGCUAGUUAUUUGGUAACUGAUGAUGCAGGGAAGCUUUCAAGUGAUACUUGUGAAAAGAUGGUGGUAAAGCAAAGUUGCCCCAGGGUAAUUUUCAUGGACAUUGCUAAUGAUGCCAAAAAGAACCUGCUUACAAAGAUUGUCGAGGAACUUGGGGGCUCUGUCACCUGUGAUGGAAGUGACAGCACACAUAUUAUAACUGGAAAAGCAAGGAGGACAUUGAACUUUUCUAUAGCUUUGUGUUCUGGAGCAUGGAUAGUUUCCCCAAACUGGUUGAAGUCAAGCUUCAAAGAAGGCAGGUUUGCUGAGGAGUCACAAUUCAUUCUAGAAGACGAAGAUUAUUUGUUGAAGUACAAGACUAAGCUGAGAGAUGCUGUCGAAAGAGCAAGGAGAAAUCCUCACUCCCUGCUUAGAGGAUACGAUGUCUGCCUAGCUAAGCAUAUCCAGCCCUCUGCUGCCACCCUCUCAGCCAUCAUUCAGUCAGCUGGUGGCCAUGUGAUAAAAAGCUUAAGCAGCAUUUUGGAGCCUUCAAAGACGAUCUUCUUGGCGUGCGAGGAGGACAUGUCUGAGGCCAUGGCAGCUGCGAAGAAAAGCAUUUGGACAUUCAACAGUGAGUGGUUCAUGAACUGUGUCAUGAAGCAGGAGCUCGAUCUGGAGGCACCUCAGUUCGCCGAGUCCCUUUAAGGCUUUGAAGGAAAAGCACCAGCAAGGGAGAUGAGGUAUCGACAUGUGUUCAUUAAGGCUUUUAUUUAUAGAACGAUAAAUAUAUAUUAUUAGAAGCGUACAUAAAUAUAUAAUGGCAAUUAAGAUCCUCUCAUGUCAUGUCUGAGAGAAGGAAUUGAUGAUAUAAUGUACAUGUGUUCACUCAAUUAUCACUCUAUGUAUCGUGCUUCGGUCGCCUAUUUAUCUCC